AUGUUCAAGAAUACAGUUACGAAGAAUUUGAUUAAUUCAAAACGGGUAACCGCAAAGGCCAUGUCGAGAUUAUAUUCCAACUUACCCUUAUCAGUACCGGUCACGUUACCUAAUGGGACAACAUACGAGCAGCCAACUGGUUUGUUUAUUAACAACGAGUUUGUCUAUCCCAAGCAGAAAAAGACAUUUGAGGUUAUCUCCCCUUCUACAGAGGAGGAAAUAACUCAUAUCUACGAAGCAAGAGAAGAAGAUAUUGACAUCGCAGUCGCUGCGGCAGAAAAGGCAUUCAAAUCUGACUGGUCUACUGGAGACCCAGAAGGUAGAGCUAGGACAUUGAUCAAGUUAGCUGAUUUGAUUGAAGCUAAUUCAGAAACUCUUGCCUAUAUUGAAAGUUUGGACAAUGGUAAGUCCUUAAUUUGUUCUAGAGGUGAUGUUGCAUUGACUGCAAUGUAUUUCAGAUCUUGUGCCGGCUGGGCUGACAAGAUUACAGGUUCCGUGAUUGAGACUGGUAGCAGCCAUUUCAAUUAUGUUCGUAGAGAGCCGAUUGGUGUAUGUGGUCAAAUUAUCCCAUGGAAUUUCCCACUUUUGAUGGCUUCUUGGAAAUUGGGGCCAGUUUUGUCUACUGGUUGUACUACUGUUCUUAAAACUGCCGAGUCUACGCCAUUGUCGGCAUUGUUCCUUGCAAAUUUGAUAAAGGAAGCAGGUGUCCCUGCAGGAGUUGUCAAUAUUGUCUCUGGUUUCGGUAAGAUCGCUGGUGAAGCUAUUUCCCUGCAUCCAAAAAUUAAGAAGGUCGCAUUUACUGGAUCGACUGCUACAGGUCGUCAUAUUAUGAAAGCUGCUGCUGAGUCUAAUUUGAAGAAAGUUACUUUGGAGUUGGGUGGUAAGUCACCGAAUAUUGUUUUCAAUGAUGCUGAUGUUAAAAAGACUGUCCAAAAUUUGAUCACUGGUAUUUUCUAUAACACUGGUGAAGUCUGCUGUGCUGGAUCUAGGAUCUAUAUUCAAGAUGGGAUUUACGAAGAAGUCUUAAGUGAAUUUAAGAAAGCUGCAGAAAGCGUUAAGAUUGGCAAUCCGUUUGAGGAGGGUGUUUUUAUGGGCGCUCAAGCUUCCUCUAACCAGUUAUCUAAGAUCUUGAAGUACAUUGAAAUCGGAAAAGAAGAAGGAGCUACUUGUCUCACCGGUGGUGCAAGGCUCGGCGAUAAAGGAUUUUUCGUUCAACCAACUAUCUUCUCUGACGUUGAAGAGAAUAUGAGAAUUGUUGAGGAUGAAAUUUUCGGACCCGUCGUUACUGUUAAGAAAUUUUCUACUGUUGACGAAGUGGUAGACUUGUCAAAUGCUUCUCAAUAUGGCUUAGCUGCUGGUAUCCAUACUGAAGACAUCAACAAAGCCAUCGAUGUUUCAAACAGACUUAACUCUGGUACUGUCUGGGUCAAUACUUACAAUGACUUCCAUCCAAUGGUUCCAUUCGGUGGUUACGGUCAAUCUGGUAUAGGUAGAGAAAUGGGAGCCGAGGCUCUUGAAGGCUACACCCAAGCCAAAGCUGUUAGGGUCGGCAUUACCAAAAAGAACUAA